AUGGGGUCCCCUGAUCUUCCAUCGGAUAUAAUCUUUGAGAUUUUAUCACGAACAUCUCUAAAAACUCUUGGCCGAUGCGCGCUCGUUUGCAAGGACUGGAAUCGGAUGGUGUACGAGUCAAGUUUUAUGCAUCCGUUUUGUCAGAGAACGAAGACAAUAUCAGGGUUCUUCAUGCAAAGUAGAUUCGUGGGAAGGCCUUUUGCGGAGUUCGUCUCCAACUAUAGCAUGCAGGAUUCCAAUUCCAAGCUCUCCCUUGAUUUUUUGCCCAGAAAUGUCAAUAUUGAAGCGGCCACCAAACAAGGUAUCUUGUUAUGCGUGAAAAAGUUGGACACAAAGAUUUUGAGGAUACCAGAAUAUUAUGUCUGCAAACCUAGCACCAAAGAAUGGCACAAGAUCCCGAACCCUAAAACAAGGUACUUCACCGAGAGACUUGCAAUGGUGGUGCUCAGAUCACAGCCUCUGCACUAUGUGAUAGUUCGAUUUUCAGAACCCAGGUCUCGAUGGAGAACGUACAACUCCAAAAUGUACAUCAGUCAUCACUGCGAGAUUUUCUAUUCGGAAACAUGGGCUUGGAAACAGUUGCAAGAUGUUUUGUUGCCGUAUGACAUGUUUUUUGGAACCGAUCCUGCUGUAUCUGCAUGUGGAGUUCUUCACUGGCUUAUGUCCAACAACCAAGUCUUCGCUUUCGAUAAAGAUACAGAGAGUUGGACGACAUUUGACCUACCUUUCCCUCUCUGCAAGAAAAACUAUUUCAAGCACACGAAACUUGUGGAGUACAAUGGCCACCUUGCCAUGCUUUGCACGGAAAAUCAUGGUGAGUUUGCGCAGCUUUGGGUAAUGGUGGAUUCUGAAUCGAAAGUAUGGAUGAAGAGACAGAGAAUGAGCAUAGAAGCCGUUCGAGGAGUGGAACGCUAUAGUUUUCCCGUCGCCAUGGACAGUUCUGAUAUUACUCUCAUGAGGGGUUUCUACAGCGUAAUAUAUUACAACUUUACAACUUUUCGGUCCAAGCGAUGCUUUGUGCAGAGAAUACAGCCGGAUGAAGUUUUCCCUUUCCAAUCCGAUCUUGAGCCGGCUUACUUGAAGAAUUAUUGGAAGAAGGAACAGUUUUCAAGAUUUCUUUGUUGGGUUUGCUUGUUUAUUUGCAGUUGUUUAUAUUCUCUAUUUCAGUAUUUUUACAGUUCUACUUAG